CAAGCUGGUGGCACUGAAUGGCAGAGAUUGGGUGACUUAUUACUUAAAAUUGGUCAACUUAAUAAAGCUGAAGAACUUUAUAACGUAUUACUCAAUCGAACAUCUAAUGAGGAUGAAAAAGCAUAUUACUAUGUUUGUCUAGGUUAUCUCAAAACUUACCAGGGUGAUUAUAAAAAGGCUAUCUGGUAUUACGAACAAGGACUUGAAAUUGAUCAAAAAACUCUCCCUUCAAAUCAUCCUGAUUUGGCUACUUCAUACAAUAACAUCGGAGGUGCGUAUGUUAGAGUAGGAGACUAUUCGAAAGCACUUUCAUCUCACGAAAAAGCACUUGAAAUCCGACAUAAGACUCUUUCUUCGAAUCAUACUGAUUUAGCUACUUCAUAUAACAACAUCGGUUUGGUGUAUAACAAAAUAGAAGAAUAUUCGAAAGCACUUUCACUUUCCGAAAAAGCACUUGAAAUUCGACUGAAAACUCUGUCUUUAAAUCAUCCUAAUUUGGCUACUUCAUACAACAAUAUCGGUUUGGUGUGUGACAACAACGGAGAGUACUCGAAAGCACUGUCAUUUCUCGAAAAAGCACUAGAGAUUCGACAUAGAACUGUUCCCUCAAAUCAUCCUGAUCUGGCUGCUUCAUACAGAAACAUUGGUUUGGUGUAUGACCACAUGGGUGGCUACUCUAAAGCACUUUCAUCUCACGAAAAAGCACUUGAAAUUCAACACAAAAUUCUUCAUUCAACUCAUCCUGCACUGGCUACUACAUACAACAACAUCGGUUCGGUGUAUGAUAACACCGGAGACUACUCGAAAGCACUUUCAUUCCUUGAAAAAGCACUUGAAAUUCGACAUAAAAUCCUUCCCUCAAAUCAUCCUGAUUUAGCUACUUCAUACAACAAGAUCGGUUUGGCGUAUGACAACAUGGGAGAGUACUUGAAAGCAUUUUCAUUUUACGAAACAGCACUUGAAAUUCAGCAAAAAGCUCUUCCUUCAAAUCAUCCUUCUUUGGCUACUUCAUACAGUAGUAUCGGUUCGGUGUAUGUCAACAUGAGAGAGUACUCUAAAGCACUUUUAUCUCACGAAAAAGCUUUUGAAAUUCGACAAAACACUCUUCCUUCAAAUCAUCCUGAUUUGGCUACUUCGUACAGCAACAUCAGUUUGGUAUCUAAUCACAUGGGAGAUUACUCUAAAGCAUUGUUAUAUCAGAACAAAGCACUUGAAAUUCAGCAAAGCACUCUUCUUUCAAAUCAUCCUGAUUUUGUUACUUCAUACAGCAGCAUCGGUUUGGCACUUGAUAUCCGACAUAAAACUCUUCCUUCAAGUCAUCCUUCAUUGGCUAUUUCAUACAACAACAUUGGUUGGGUAUAUAACAACAUGGGAGAAUACUCUAAAGCACUUUUAUCUCACGAAAAAGCACUUGAAAUUCGACAUAAAACUCUUCCCUCAAAUCACCGUUUAUUGGCUGCGACAUGUAGCAACAUCGGUAGUGUGUAUUAUAAGAUGGGAGAGUACUCGAAAGCACUUGCAUCUCACGAACAAGCACUUGAAAUUGGAACAAAAACUCUUUCGUCAAAUCAUCCUGAUUUGGCUCCUUCAUACAACAAUAUCGGUUUGGUGUAUUACAAUAUGAAUAACUAUUCGAAAGCACUGUUAUAUUUUGAAUGUGCUCUGGACAUAUUCCAACGUGUAUUACCUCCAACACAUCCAAGUAUUGAAAGUGUGAAAGAGAGUAUUGAAAUUUUAAAAAAGAAAUUAUAA